AUGCGAGAGGUAUUAACACUACAGAUAGGACAAUGUGGAAAUCAAAUAGGAAAUGAAUUUUGGAAGAGGAUAAGUGAAGAACAUGAAAACAAUGAAGGAAGAAAAGAUAGAUUCUUUUACAAUGGCAACAUUCCAAGAGGUAUUUUUAUUGACACGGAGCCAAGAGUUGUUGACAAAGAGUUUAGAAAUAAUUUUUUUAUAGCAAACGAUGGAAUUGGAGCAGGCAACAAUUUUGCACAAGGGUAUAAAAUAGGUAGAGAAUCAAGUGAGGACAUUUUAGAUUUAAUUAAUAGACAUGUUGAAGCCUGUGACUCACUUGAAGGAAUGAUAUUUAUACAUGCUAGUGCAGGUGGUACUGGAAGUGGAUUUGGGUCAUAUUUAUCAGAUUCACUUAGAGAGAUUUAUGGAUUUAAAAAGAUAUUCACCUCAUUUACAGUUCUACCUACCAAUAAAGAAGCAUCAGAAGUAGUUGUACAGCCAUACAAUACGAUUUUAACACUUGAUAAGCUUUAUAAAAAUAUGAACAUGGUAGUAUUGAUGGAUAACUAUGCCUUAUCUAAACAAACAAUCACAUCUAAUCUUAUUAAUUCAAUUCCAAUUGAUAAGGCACAUACAUUUGAAUCUCUAAAUGAUGUUGCAUCAGAUGUCAUUGCUAAUUUUACUUCUUCCAUUAGAUUUCCAUCACACAUGUUCUGUACGAUGGAUUCAAUAACUAAAGUGCUGUGUCCUUUUAAUAAUUUUAAGUUUAUCGUUCCUUCUUACAUUAAGAGAAACAGUUCAGUUAAUGAAAUUAUGAAUAACUUAAUUAAACAGAAGACUAUGUUGUGUGAUUAUGAAGACUCAUCUCUUUACUCGACAUUUUCUAUAAUGAAUAAUCUUAAUCGAAUUAAACAUUCCUCAGAAACAGUUAUGAGAUGUUCAAGACUAAUCCAACCACGUAUCAAUUUCUAUGGUUUACCUUUCUAUUUAUUUAAUUUAAAUAAAAGUGAUUCAUCCAUGGGACUCAUUAAUAGCACAUUUACCAGGACAAUAUUUAGAAAGAUAGCUUCCCAAUUUGAUCAAAUUUAUCAAAGAAAUGCUUUUAUAGAAAUGUAUAAGAAAAAUGAUUAUACAAGUGAAAUGUUUAAUGAAGCAAGAGAAAAUAUUGAAGAGUUGAUUAAAAGUUUAGAAUCUGCUGAACAGGUUAAAUCCUCCAAUUAA